GUUUUGGGGUCAAAUCGCCCGAUCCAUGUAAAAAGAGCUCCUUUUGGGGGGUCUUUUUGGUAGGUGGUGGGGCGGUGGAUUAAUCGGUGGAGUUUGGGGGAUUUGAGUCUGGUUUUGAUCAGCUUUGAUUGCUCAGAUCGAGUUUUUUUGCUCAAAAAUUUGUUCUUGGGAGGAACUGAGAUUCAGAUAUAUUAUUAUUGUGGAGUGGAUGAUGUUUUUUUGACCAUCGGAGGAAUCCGCUGCAUGUUUUAGAUGUCCUUCAUGCUGAAUCUGUAAUAUUUUUGUGUUUUUAGUUAGUUUUUUGUGGUUUCUCCCAUCAAAGGUUUCAUUUUUAUCCUUCUCCAUGUAGGGGAAGUGUUGAUAGAUGUUUCUUGAGCUCCUUAUUGAUCUACUAAAGAAAAAUACCCUUAGGAUUAUCGACGUUACAGGGUAUAGUAACCAUUUCCUUAAUCAAAGGAUAUUUAGUGCGUAGAGAAUAAGAUCAAGCAACUAAGAAGGCAUGCCUAUCAGAUGUUUGUUGUUUUGUCUAGGUGGACUUAAUUAAGAGAUGCCUUUGUACUUUUGUGGAUAUUGGGAAUGGAUGUUUUGAAGAAAUCGAGGUGGGCAAUAACCCGAAAGUUUUUCAGAUUCAGCUGUGAGUAAUCUAAAAGCAUAUUGGUGACAAAGCAUGUGAAUUUUGUCGAGUAGCAAGAUAUAGAUUUUUAGGUGUGAAUUAUGUGGUGUUUUGGAGAAACCAAGAUCAACUUCUGGUUGGUGAACUAUAAUGAAGAGUAGAGUCUAUACUUGAGUUUGCUUGACUAGUGCCGUUCGUCAUUCAUUUGCUGUGUAAACUCUUGCAUGCUGACAAUGAGAUGCUGAAUGUAGAAUGGAGAUGACACUGGCUAGCAUGUCAAAGUCAUGUAAGAUUGCUAUAGUUCAAGAUAUCAUAUUUGUUAUUUGUGACUGACCAAUUGGAAGUUCAUUGUAAUAUUUUUGUAAAGUUAUUAAGGGAGGAAUAAAUUAGCCCUUAUGCAGGGGCAAAAGAAUAACUUGCAUUCAUGUUCUGAAACAUAUCAAUUUGACCUUGGUUCUAAUUCGAACGCCUCCGGCAUGGAUCACCGUAAUUUGCCUCCUCUCAGUGCCAUGGAUGCCCAGAAUUUGCCAGGUGAACAAAGGUCAGCUAGCAGGCAAUCUGAAGCGAACAAUGGGCCAUCUUUGGAAAGUGUGAAUUUAAAUCUUAAUAUUAAUCAGAUUGAUCAUGGUCAAUCAGUGCACAACACAGGGAAUGUUGGUGGGAGCGUUCAGGAGCUAGAAUCGGGACCAAGUCCACUGCCUUAUAAUACAGGCCUAUUACCACCUGAGCAUUUAUACUUAGCUGGUGCUUCAUCAGAUAACUUUGGAAGCUCAUCGAGGGGCCAUCGUUCGUCUAACAAGAGAAAGAAUAUUGGCGGAGUUCCUGGGCAGCCUUCACUCUGCCAAAGCUCAAGUUAUCAUCACCCAAAUGAGGAUAGAUUGUUGUCUCCUGCUUCAUUUUGUAAUAGUGCAAAUACUACUAACACAUCUGGCUCAUCUAAUAAUAAUACUACUAGUCCGCAUCCUCGAGUGGUACAGACAACACCAGUGGCUUCUAAUUACCAUUCAGGUAGCGCGGAAAGCUUUGUAAGGAGUAUGAGGAUGAGAAUCGACCCCCAUCAGUAUGACAUACCCUUGCCCGAUCUAUAUCCGCCAAGGAGUAGCAGCAGCCAUUCUAAUCAAUGGUCUCUGCAUCAGCCAUCGUAUACUACUAUACAUCAGUCAGAGGAAUCUAGGCUUUCAGUUAACAAUGUGAGUUCACAUGGUCACCCUUUGAUUAUUCCUGAAGCAUCUCGAGACAUGCACCCUUGUCCACCGAAUGGGACUUCUGAUUCAAGAAUAGGAAGUUCUUCAAGUUCCAUGAGAAAUAUUUCUGAGCACUUGAUGUUUGUUCCUCCAACUAAUAACAAUCAUUUAGCACAAGGCUCUACAAACUGGCAUUCGACUAGUGAAAACAGAGUCAUGCAUGGGAGCGCAAGUUCCAGUGCAGCCAUUCAACCUGCAGAACCACAAGUAAUAACUCGUAGAAGUCCGUCAACCUAUAAUCACCGGAGUGCUUCAGAGACUGCCCAUGCUCCGCCCAGAAGUUGGAGUGCACCUCCCCAGCGUGAUGUCCAUUUUGUUACUUCACGUGAGUUUGGAAGCCGACUUUCAGGAACUGGUUUACGUGCCCAUCAGCAACCAUACUUGAGAUCGGCUGCUUCGACUGACAGGCAAAAUGAUGGUCUUUUGGGUGUUCCCUUAUUCAUGCGAACUCUGGCGGUUGCAAGAGAAGGACGAAGUAGGAUGCUAUCAGAGAUCCGUAAUAUGUUAGAUCUUCUACGACGAGGCGAAAACAUGCGACUUGAGGACGUUCUUAUCUUCGACCAGUCAAUGUUUUUUGGUGGCCCCGAUAUGCACGAUAGGCACCGCGACAUGCGGCUUGAUGUGGAUAAUAUGUCUUAUGAGGAGCUGCUGGCGUUGGAAGAACGGAUAGGAAAUGUAAACACCGGAUUGAGCGAAGAAAAAAUCAUAAAGUGUUUGAAGCGAAGGAAAUAUUUCUCUAUUUCAUCUGAGACAUUAGAGGAAAUUGAACCAUGUUGUGUUUGCCAGGAAGAAUAUGUUGAAGGCGAGGAUCUUGGGAGACUGGAUUGCGGGCAUGACUUCCAUACCGCCUGCAUCAAACAGUGGCUAAUGCUCAAGAAUUUGUGUCCCGUCUGUAAAGCAACGGGUCUCGCUACCUGAGAUCGAAAUCGGUGGAAUUUUAAACAGUGGGGAAACACCUAAUUUUCAUGUGGAAUGAUAAUGCCAUUUUUUUCCUAAAAUUUCAGUUGAAUUUGAUAUAAUGAUGGAUGAUAUACUUUAAAAUUUGCAACAUUUUCUGUAACCUAGUGCGUCUUUUUGAAAUUGUGUUUAAUGUUAAAAAGCUCGAUUCGAGGCCUUUGCGAGUUAGCAUGCUUAUGUAGAGCUGGAAAUGAGGCUAGUGCGCAGAGAAAGGUUCUUGUGGUU